CGGCGGGGCUGGCGGGCGGGGGGCUUCCUGCAGGCCCGGGGGGCGCCGGCGGCGGGGCAGGGGCGAGGGGCGCCGGGACUCCGCUUAUCAGGACCGGAGUCCAGCAUGCAGAGAGGGGUGCAGCCCUGAACUUGGGGACCACACACUUCGACUGCUGGCUCCCUUGAGCACCAACCAGCAGACCCUGUCCUGGAAGCCUCAGGCACCUCUCCACGCGGCAAGAUGCGGCGCUCCGUCCUGGUGAGGAAUCCCAUUCACCGCGCGCAAAAACAUCCUUACGAAGACGAACUGGAUUCGGACUCAGACCCGGACCCCAGCGGGGAAACUCUGCCGCCUCUACCUGAAGACCCAGAGGAGCCCGAACCCGAGCGGGAAGAUUCAGAAGACCUGGACCCCAACGUCUCCAACCCAGCCACGGCGCCCAGCGCCCUCUCCAUCGCUGGCGACCCAGAUCCCUCGGAUUCCGACCUGGAUCCCGACGUCAUCGGCCCGGUACCCCUGAUCCUCGACCCCGACAGCGAGACCCUCAGCCCGGACGCUGACCCGGCGGACCCCCUGACCGCCGCCGCCUCCGAUCUGGCUCCAGCCCCGACCACCCUCUCCAGCAGCCCCGCCGGGGUGGUGCCCGCCGCGCGCCCCGCCAGCCCGCCACGGCCCUUCUCCUGCCCGGAUUGCGGCCGAGCUUUCCGCCGCAGCUCGGGGCUGAGCCAACACCGCCGCACGCACAGCGGCGAGAAGCCCUACCGCUGCCCCGACUGCGGCAAGUCCUUCAGCCACGGUGCCACCCUGGCACAACACCGGGGUAUCCACACGGGCGCGCGGCCUUACCAGUGCGCGGCGUGCGGCAAAGCCUUCGGCUGGCGUUCCACGCUCCUCAAGCACCGCAGCAGCCACAGCGGCGAAAAGCCGCACCACUGCCCGGUGUGCGGCAAGGCCUUCGGCCACGGCUCCCUGCUGGCCCAGCACCUGCGCACGCACGGGGGGCCCAGGCCGCACAAGUGCCCGGUGUGCGCCAAGGGCUUCGGCCAGGGCUCGGCGCUGCUGAAGCAUUUGCGCACGCACACGGGCGAGCGGCCCUACCCGUGCCCGCAGUGUGGCAAGGCCUUCGGGCAGAGCUCGGCCCUGCUGCAGCACCAGCGCACGCACACGGCCGAGCGGCCCUACCGCUGCCCGCACUGCGGCAAGGCCUUCGGUCAGAGCUCCAACCUGCAGCACCACCUGCGCAUCCACACCGGCGAGCGGCCCUACGCCUGCCCGCAUUGCUCCAAGGCCUUCGGGCAGAGCUCGGCGCUGCUGCAACAUCUGCACGUGCAUUCCGGGGAGCGGCCCUACCGCUGCCAGCUGUGCGGCAAGGCCUUCGGUCAGGCGUCCAGCCUCACCAAGCACAAACGCGUGCACGAAGGCGCAGCGGCGGCGGCGGCCGCUGCAGCUGCAGUGGCUGCAGCUUCGGUGCUGACACCCGGGCAAGGCUCGCUCCCCAAUGCGGCUGGGCCUGACCCUGGCUCCAGCCGGGCCUCCCCACCCCAAACCAGCCUCCAAUCCAUGCCCAGCCCGCAGCCUGGUCCCCAAGGUGCAGACGCCAAAGCUGGAGAACCGGCCGCCACGUCUGACAGCAGUGAUGCUGCAGCAGGCCCCAGCCCCCGGCCCAGCCCUGAGUCCAGCCCCCGCUGGCCCGAGCCUAGCUUGGAGUCCGGAUCUCCCGAGCACCCCCCAGGCAGCUCAGCAGCACCGCACUCCGAGGGUUGUGCUGGAUUGCUGCAGCAGCCAGCGACUCUGCUGGGGCCGGAUGGCUGA